AUGUACACUCUUCCUGAAGUGCUUGUUAAAGAUCUAGAACCAUGGCACUUACGGAUUUGGAGUACGAACAGCAGGUCCAUUAUUGGUCAGCUGCAAUUACUAACUGCACACACUGAACUUCAGCUGCGCUCUUGCGACUUUCUCCUUGGUGACAAGAGCACGAUGCAGAUGCUCGAACAUGAAAAUUUCGACGCAGGGAUUACCGAGAUGAUCGACCCAUGCGGCUUCGGUAUUUUCUCUAAGAUCGGCAUUGGUCAUAUGAUUGCGACAUCUGCCUUGGGAAUUAUGGAUUCGAUGGGCGAGUUCUACGAUGUGCCAAAAUUACCCAGUAUUGUACCUUCUUCCUUACCAUAUAGCGACCGAAUGAACUUUGUGGAGAGGACGAUCAAUUUUAUCGCUCUUGUAUUUGCUGAUUUCAUUUCCUCAGAAUUUGGAAGGAGAUACAAGGUGUGUUUGCUGGUACUUCAGUGGACCAUGAUGUUGCUG